GAUGAGUUAAAGAGUGACAAUAUUAAUGAAUGGGAUACUAUUAGUGUUGAAGGUGGAAGUAAUGCUGAAGGUUCAGAAACGGGAAUGUUAAGUGGUAUCACAGAUAAGAAACGACUAAGUAUUUCAGGAAAACAUUUUGGGGAUGGCAGAAUAUUUUCAUUUUCUUCGAAAAGAUUUAGUAGUGGUGGCAGUCCCGGUAUUUUUAGAAUGAGUAGAUUAAAAAGCAAUGACAUAAAAACCGAUUUUCGUGAUAUCAAGUCAUCGCGUAUAAGCAAUAUAAAUUUAGAUAGUAACUCAUCUACAUCACAUAUUGCAAUUGAUAACGAUGAUGAAUUAUCAGAUGAAUUUACAGCACAAACAAUAUCUCCAAUUGCUUACUCAACAACAAAAACGUAUGAGUUAAAUGAUUUGAUGUUAUUUACUCCUACUGCUUCAAGUGAACAUUCUUUGAAUCUACCUUUAUCACAUUACCACCAAACAAAUAAUAAUAACAUGCCAAGUACUUUAUCUCCAAGUCAUCAACGAACGGGGAAUGUAUAUCCAAGCGAAGCAGAAUCUGUAGUUUUUGCUCGUAGUUUUGAUGACUUAUUAUAUCCAGAUGCACAUAACGAUAAAAGUAAUGAUCAUAAUGAUGAUCAAAGCUAA